GUAUUUCCCCUUGAUUCAUCUAAAUUAGGGUUAGGCUCGCUUGACUUGUGUAUUAUUGGACAGACACGAAUUAUUUGCUUAUGUGAAUGGAAUUCAGUGGACAACCAACAUCACAGAGAGGCAGCGAAGAAUGAACAGAGGGGCAUCAUUUUGACAGAAAGGCCACCGAUAUGCAUCUACACCGUGUAUUAUGGCAUUUUCUCCAAGAUGCGACCACACCCUGUCGCAGCGUGUUGCACGCGUACUCGACGACAUCGGGAUCAAUGAUGACGUCAUCAGCAAGAGGCGUGACGUGUUCUUACACAUGGAGGCCCUUGAGACGGUUCGCCGCCGGAUGUCCGGGUUCAGUUUUGAGUGCUACCACUUCGGGAGCCAGACCGAGGGUACCAACACCCCCGGGCUUAGGUCAGAUACCGACCUGCUGGAAUGUGAAUGUACUGCUAACAUUAUGACUUCUGCGGUCGACUGGAAAACCUCGCGAGAUAACUACCUUCUUUGUAAAGAGAGUACAACCACGAAACAACAUUACUUACUCCAGGUGUUUAGCACAGAAUCACCGGUGGCGCUGUCUAAUUGGGAUGGCGAUUUUCACGUGAGGGGACCACUGGGUAACAUUUUUUUGAGUAACCAAAUUAACAAAUCAUCGAUGCAAAAAGCCAUUCUAGAGUCACAUUUAAAGAUGGUUGAUACGGGACCAUCGGCGUCUUUUACCCGGAUGUACGAGCACGGACCCGCUGUGUCGUUUUUCCAGGAACACGACUUCGUGAUGGCGUUCAAAUAUACGAAACCUGUGCCGGAAAUUCAACGAUGGCUAAGCAAACCGCGAGGCAUCGACACGUGGCCUUCACCGGAAGUAAUGGCGGCCUCGUCGCGGUGUGAAUGUUUUCUGGUGCCCGUUGGGUCACACGAUAGCGACUUUCAAAUGAUAGAGUGGCGACUGUCGCCGAGUCUGAUAGAGCGUCAUCUAAUGUUUAGUUUAAACGCCGUCCAGUUACAGUGCUACGUGUUGUUGAAAAUGAUCAAAGAAUCCCUCUUUCGCAAGAUCGUCGGGAAAGGUUUUACAAGUUUUCAUUGUAAAACGGCGUUAUUUUUCGCUUUAGAAAGAACUCCGAAGAGUCUAUGGCAGAAACAAAAUGUAAUGGCUUGUCUUCUGAUAUGCCUUAAUGAUAUUAAAUUAUGGCUGAAACAUCAUUAUUGCCCGCACUUUAUUGUUCAAGGUGUGAAUCUUUUUGAAGGAAAACUGUCUCACAUGGAACAAACUCAACUUUAUAAUUACGUAACCAAGCUAAUUGACAAUAACGUCAUCGGCUUAUUUCAUAUUGACCUUGACAACUUUGGGUACAGAAUGACGGCGUUUUUCGGUGGAAUGUUAAGACCAAAUGCAGAGAUUUUCGGCAGUGUUUCCCGCUUCGCCUUUACGCGUAUGCUUGAGAAUCACCUGAAUAAACAAAUAUAUAAUUACAUGAGAUUAAGUUUAGCUGAUGAUAUGCACAAACAUUUCGACGACGAAUUUCAAUACAUAGAUUUUCUUCAAAGCAAAUUUGACGUUUUAAGACCGUUCAUAAACGGGGGUACGGUGUUUGAGCAAUAUAUUGCCACUCGGCUAGAGCGACACUUCUACUCCACAGUCGCUACAGUUGCUGCGUCUAGAAUACUGAGUAUAGAGGUCGCUGUCGCAGUAGAACCGGAAGGCUUACCGGAAUCAGUUAUGGAGGCGUUUGUUUUGUCGCUAGAUUCGGACGUGGUUUCUAGUCGUUUAAAAAUGGCCGCCAUGUAUUACUGCGGCGGGGAGCUGCGCGCCGCGGCCAAACUUUUGGAUGACGUAGAACGAAGGUAUGACGUCACCGUUAGAGCCGUAUGCGGGUGUGGGCGGACAUUUGAAACGUUUAAUGAAACUGCAGUUCACGAGUAUCUGACUGAGGAUUUCCGGUACGGGGGGAAACUCACCAGCAACAUCGCCUACUGCUUGCGCUUCAAUAAUUUCGAGUUUUACUGCGUCCCCGGCAUGUUAGUUCCAGCAGAACACACUUCAAGAUCCGAUCUAACCGAGAUCAAAUGUGAGAAUCGCAAGGCAAAGGAAAUUACAUGGGUUGCCUUUGACGCGCGGCCUUUUAUGUACUUUCUUCAGUAUCUGACCUUCGGGCGCUUCGGCGAACGGCGCCGACAAGAGACGGCAUUGAGCUGUUUGAAGACGUACGUUAGGACGGAACGUUUCGAGCAAAUGCAUCACUAUGAGACCACGAUGAGUAUGAUUGGGUACUGUUGCGAGGUGGAACGCGAUUUUGAUAGUGCUUUGGGUUAUUACGCGAUCUCUCUAACAGCUAGACAGGAUGAUAAUCUUGCGGCUUCACGUCUGCUAAGGCUACUGGGGCUUGUAUAGUUAUGUUUUUAAUAAACUUCUAUUAAACAUGGUAUUAGAGGAACAUUUUUCCAUCGUUAUAGUAUAUACAUUAAAUAAGUAAUGUGUCCCUAUAAUAUCUCGGCAAAGUUCGAAACUUUAGUAGUGGUAGUGGAAGUGGUGGUAGUAGUAGUUCGUAGUAGACUCCGUAGUAGACUCUCCGCUACUUUAGCAAAAACAGAUUUUUUAUUAGUUUUAAAACAACGUAACAUUUUAUUUGUGUCAUAUUGACAUUUGUUCUAUCAUGUUCGGAGAUAGUCGCCAUUCUUUGCUCUUGUAAUCAUUGUCUGGAUGCCCGGCCGGUACCAGGAAACACGGCGCGACCCGUGCAGCCUCAAGUAGCUUGACAGGCGGCCAGUGUCCACCUCUACAUCUGUCUAUCCAGUGUAGUAUUUCAGGAAGAGGUUUGCAUAUUUGAACUGCAUGUACAAUGUCCCAGUUGGGUACCCAGCUCAUAGAAGGCCCACAGUUGGUUACCUCAACUGUAGAUUUAACAAUAGACUCGAGUUCAUGUUUCCAUCGUUUUGAGCUCAACAGUUCUUUUCCAAAAUCUUUCCUAACGUGUACGUCAUGGACCAGCCAGGUAUCUAACUCUGGUGAGUCCCAUCGGACUUUAAGUAGCCAGAACUGUUGUGGAGGAGUGGUUUGAUCAUGAAACAUCAGUAGUUAAACAUCCCAUCCUCCCAGUCUUCCCAUCCUCCCAGUCUUACCAUCCUCCCAGUCUUCCCAUCCUCCCAGUCUCCCCACAAUAUCGUGAUAUCCCCAUCGUUGUUACAAAAUAAGAAAUCAAUAUCAGACUGAAGACCGAGAGUAGUGGCCCCUUCCGAUUGGCUCCCAAAAUGGAAACGAUCCGGGUUGUAUCCAUGUAUUAGAAUUCCUAAUACAAGCACUCUUUAUAAAUAAGAAUGUUCUUCUCCGGUCUAUAAUAGUAUCAAUUUUGGCUCCAAUGUCAUAAAGUGCGUCCGACAGUCAAAUAGACAUUUCUGUGAAGUGCUAUGGAAUCUAGAUAGACAAAUAUAAUCUCACAUCUGAUAUGUGGUGAUAAUUGUUUAUAUAUCAUUAUCAUUUUGAUACGUAUAGAUUGUAUACUUAAAUUAAAA